AUGGAAUCCAGAAUAUCGCCAGAGAUUCCUGGUAUACUCCAGCCAGGAAAUGUCACUCAGGACCUAAAAAUGAUGCUAUGCAAGUUACUAAAUUCGCCUAAACCUUCCAAAACAUUUCCUGGUUCGCAACCCGUAUCAUUUCAACAUUCCGAUAUAGAAGAGAAAUUGAAAACACAAGAUUAUUAUGUAUGUGAAAAGACUGAUGGUUUACGUGCAUUGAUGUUCAUUGUCUUAAAUCCAAUUACCGGAGAACAAGGUUGUUUCAUGAUAGAUAGAGAAAAUAAUUAUUAUUUGGUUAAUGGUUUCAGAUUCCCUCGUUUGCCUCAUAAGAAAAAGGAAGAGUUAUUAGAAAGUUUACAAAAUGGUACUUUAAUAGAUGGUGAAUUAGUGAUCCAAAAAAACCCAAUGACUAAAAUCCAAGAAUUAAGAUAUUUGAUGUUUGAUUGUUUAGCAAUAAACGGACGAAGCUUAAUUCAGUCACCCACAAGUUCGAGAUUAGCACAUUUAGGUAAAGAAUUUUUUAAACCAUAUUAUGAUCUUAGAUCUUUUUAUCCAGGCAAAUGUAACACUUUUCCAUUUAAAUUAUCUAUGAAACAUAUGGAUUUCAGUUAUGACUUAAUUAAAGUAGCCAAUUCUCUAUCUAAAUUACCACACAUGUCAGAUGGAUUAAUUUUUACACCAGUAAGAACACAUUAUACAAUUGGAGGUAAAGAUUCUCUUUUAUUGAAAUGGAAACCAGAACAAGAGAAUUCAAUAGAUUUUAAACUGAUAUUAGAGAUUCCUCUGGUGGAAGACACCUCAGUACCAAAGAGGGAUCCUAACAGGUGGUAUUAUAAUUACGAUGUGAAACCAACUUUUGCAUUGUAUGUGUGGUUAGGUGGGUCUGAUGUCAACACAAAAAUCACAAAUUUUGAAAAACCAUUUGAUAAUAAGGAAUUAGAGAUAUUAGAAAAAACGUAUAAAAAAUUUGCUGAGUUAGACAUUGAUGAUCAAAAAUGGCAAGAACUAAAAAACCUAGAAGAACCAUUAAAUGGCAGAAUCGUAGAAUGUACGAAAGAUCCAGAUAGUGGUAUGUGGAAAUUAUUAAGGUUUAGAGACGACAAAUUGAAUGGAAACCAUGUUUCAGUGGUUCAAAAAGUGUUGGAAAGUAUUAAUGACAACGUUAGUAUAGAAGAUUUAGGCGGAUUUGUAUCUGACAUAAAAUCUUUAUGGAAUAAAAGAAAGGAAGACGACAAGAGAAAUAUCAAACAAAACUAUCAUCAACAAUCAAGUAAAACAUCUAUAAACAGGACAAAUUACCAAACCCAAAAUCAGAACCCACCAGUAACCUCACAGCAACAAAUAUUUACUGAAAAUAAACCACAGUAUGUUGACGACGAUGACGACUGGUUUGACGAAUAG